AUGUUGGGUCGAAGCAACAUAGCAGCGAACAAGCGCUUCCUCAAGAUUUCGGCCGUGGGCGUUUUCGUCUUCUCCGUCGCCUUCUAUAUAUUUCCAGUACCUACGCUCCCUUUCACGUCCUCGAACAACACUUCAAUCAACCUCAAAGAUAUAUCAUUAGCGUCCGAACAGUCAAUCCUCGAGCCCAGCGAACGCGAUGCAGUCUGCUCCUCACACGGAGUUCGUCCCUACCACCCAACACAACACAACUCGCAUAAACAUGGCCGACGAAAAGUUUACGAUCUCUUCAUGCUCAAUACUGAGCUUGACUGGCUAGAAAUUCGACUGCACGAGCUGGCCUCACAAGUCGACUACUUUGUCAUCCUUGAGUCGCCCAUCACCUUCACAGGGCUCCCGAAAAAAAUGUACUACGAGGAGAACAAGCACAUGUUUCAAGAAUUUGAGGAUAAGAUCAUUCACCAUGUGCUGGAACCGCCGCCAGAAGGACAUCCAGGUCACAUCGAAGGAGUAACGCUGGUGCCUGGGUCGCCUGAAUACGAGGCACAUGCAUGGACCAUGGAGCGGUUCCAGCGGAACGCUAUGUUUUCGCAAGUGUUGCCCUUUUUGACCAAGGACGCCGCACCAAACGAGGAAGAUGUCAUUAUCGUCUCAGACAUCGACGAAAUCCCUCGGCCGGCGACGGUGCAACUCCUCCGUGAGUGCCAAUUCGGUCGCAUUACGACCUUGCGCAGCAGAUUCUACUACUACAGCUUCCAGUGGCUCCACCGAGGACAGGAGUGGGCCCACCCCCAGGCAACAACGUACCAUGGUGAAAAGGGGACCAUCCUCCCCGCUAGUCUUCGCGAGCUUGAUGGCUCCCUAGCGGCGGUCCCUGACUCGGACAAGAAAACCAUCUACAAUAGCGCCUGGCACUGCUCGUCCUGCUUCUCAACCUUAGCCGAGAUGCUCCUCAAGAUGAAGAGCUUUAGCCACACCAAUCUUAAUGCAGAGAAAUUCAGAAGUAAAGAGAGGAUCGUGGAGCAUAUCAGAAAUGGCAAGGACUUGUGGGAUCGGUGGUUCCAGUGGUACGCACGGGUUGACAAGAACCAGGACCUUCCUGAGUACCUAAAGCAAGAGGUGGAAAAGGGCAGGUUUCUAUAUAUGAUCGAUCGGGAUGGUGAGAACGCGGGGUUCGAAGACUACACACGCGAUGAGGUCUAG